GGAGCCCAUGUAAUGUUGGUUUCAGAAAAACCCUAGAACGUUGUUGCGCGGCAACCGAACAGAGUUGAAGAUAAGAAUAGAGAGAGGCAUAUAGGAGGUUAGGGUUUUGGAAUUUCAGUUGCUAUUGCUGCUGUAGUCUUUGCCGUCACCCUCAACUGGUGUUAUCUGCAAGCAGUGAGCAAUGGCCGUUGGUAAGAACAAGCGCAUCUCCAAAGGCAAGAAGGGUGGCAAGAAGAAAGCAGCUGAUCCCUUUGCGAAGAAGGAUUGGUAUGACAUAAAGGCUCCUUCAGUAUUCCAGGUCAAAAAUGUUGGCAAGACCCUCGUCACUCGUACUCAGGGUACUAAGAUUGCUUCGGAAGGACUCAAACAUCGAGUGUUUGAGAUUUCCUUGGCUGAUCUUCAAGGGGACGAGGAACAUGCAUUCAGGAAGGUUAGGUUGAGGGCGGAAGAUGUUCAGGGAAAAAAUGUUCUCACAAAUUUCUGGGGAAUGGAUUUCACAACUGACAAGCUGAGGUCAUUGGUGAGAAAAUGGCAAACUCUAAUUGAAGCUCAUGUGGAUGUGAAGACAACCGAUAAUUACACAUUGAGGUUGUUCUGCAUUGGAUUUACCAAGAGAAGAUCUAACCAAGUGAAGCGAACCUGUUAUGCUCAAUCUAGCCAGAUUAGACAGAUUCGUAGGAAGAUGCGGGAGAUUAUGACCAACCAGGCAACUUCCUGUGAUUUAAAGGAGUUGGUCCGCAAGUUCAUUCCUGAGAUUAUUGGAAAAGAGAUCGAGAAGGCAACAUCAAGUAUUUACCCUCUUCAGAAUGUGUUUGUUCGGAAAGUCAAGAUCCUUAAAGCUCCAAAGUUUGAUCUUGGGAAACUGAUGGAGGUUCAUGGGGAUUACGCAGAAGAUGUUGGUACGAAGGUAGACAGACCUGUUGAUGAAACAAUGGCAGAGGGAACCACUGAAAUUGUUGGAGCUUGAUUUAGUGAUAAUGUAAUUUAGUUUGUGAUAGGUUUCCUGCUUACUUAUGUUAUUACUGAAAAUUAAAUUUAAGUACUAUGUUUCUGUGUAGCCCAGUGAAUCAGUUUUGUUGUGACAAUCAGUACACAUUUUUUGGCUCGCAAUAUAUAUAUAUCGAUUUUUUUCAGAAC